AGUAAUCGUUUUGCAACACUUUUUAUUCGCGCCUUUUUCCUACAGCACAUUCCUCGUUUUUAUGCCAUAAAAUGCAAUUAAAUUGUUUAAAAGUGCCUUUAAACGCCUUGAAGAACAGCCUCGUCAUAGCCAACAUCCUGCCAUCUUAAGGCGUGUCUGUAGAGUGUGCCCAAAGCCAACGUGAGUGCGGAAGUGUGUGUGCGUGUGAAAGUGCAAAGAAAUCGUUUGGCCGCAAGACACCCACACAGACCCCCCACACACGCACACACUCCAAAAUAGUCAUGUAUUAAACUCUCCAGCGAAGAAACCAAGAAAAUGACUGAUGUAAAUUGUCUUACAAGUGAGCACAUUGCAACAACAACGAGUACAGCAGCCGCAGCAGCGGAAGCAGCCGAAACCACGAGUCCGCCCAGAACUCCAACCAGAAAUGGACUGGAGCUAGAGCCAACGUCUCCAUUCGUGCUGCGAGCACCGCCCAGUGCCAAAUCGAAGCUCAUCUUGCAGAACAUGGAGGAGGUCCUCUACUCGGUGAAGCAGAAGCAUCGCGAGAAGCACAAGCGAAAGCGCGAGGAGAAACGCCGUGCCGCCCUGCUGGCCGAAACCGAAGAGAGACCCCCAGGAAUGGAUGUCAGGGAGCCCAAGCCCCAGCCGCUGCCGCUGCGGGAGAAGGCAGCUCAGGAGAACGGCCUGAAGAAUGGCAAGCGAAAAUCGAGUCCCCUCAAGUGCAGCACCCCCGUGGCCGAACACCAUAGCAUACUGAAGCAUUUUCCCAAAACUGGGAGGCCUGAAAAUGGGGCCACAGCACCGCCAGCCAAGGCCAAAAGUGCCACCAAUGUAUUCGAGUUCAUGAUGAACGCCAGAAACCGAUCCAUAGGCGUCAACGAUGGCGGCAGGGAUGCCUCCGAGUCCCCUGCCGAUCAGGCAGAUGAUGCCGCUGCUGCGGGCACACCCACGUCUAAGCGCAAGCAACUGCUCCAGGACUGGAACGAUCGCAAGGGAGGAGCCAAACGACGACUCCAAGAAGAAGCGAGGGAGGACUACAUCGAUCAGCAAAUGGACCAGCGAGCCAAGAGAUUGAAGAAAAUGCUGACAAGGACUGAGGAGCCAAAGGAGCCGACCCCAGCCGCCUCAUCGGCGCCUACGGUUCCUGUGAAACGUGGUCGGGGUAGGCCACGCACACGCCGUUUGAGCUCAGUGGAUGUGGGUGGGGGUGUCGGUGUCGGUGUGGUAGCUGUUAGUCGCUCACAGGUCACUGACACUGACACGGCGGAAUUCCUAGCUAAACUCUCCUCUCCCACCAAGAAACGCGACAGUCUCUUGGGCUACUUUCCCAAAGUGGAGUCGCCCAAAGAGCUGCCCGUGACGAUAGAAACCCCUCCACUGGACACACCAAAGCGACGACCGCAGCGUAGGAAAAGCAUUGUGGAGACGGCAUCCAUCGAUGUGGAAUCUACGGGCACGCCCCCGGGGCGACCGCGUCGCUCUUGUGCGGGAAAGGCUCGCUACGACUACGACCUGGAGACGAGUCCCACGAAGGCAAAGGCAAGCGUGGCAGCUGCCGCAGCAAAAAAUAUGCAAAAAGCCGAUGAAUCCAUUGAGAUCAUUGAUCUGGACAACAGUAAUCCGGUGUCCACGCCAAAGAAGCUGGCGCCGCUCUUUGUCAGGCAGCUGCCCAAGCCCAGUCCGGAUCCCUCUGUCCUCAAGGCUCGUCAGGCAUUCCUGCAGUCGGGCGUGCCCGAGAAGAUCAGGCAGGAGCAGAUCCGCCAGAAGAACUUUGAGCAGUACUACGAGGAGAGCUACGAGGUAUUUCCGAGCAUAGCCCACGUGGGCUGUGAGAGCUAUGAAACGAUACGUGAUGGAUCGCUGCGGAUUCCCUUUCCACUGCGGAAAGAAGAUGACGGUGAGGAGGUGUCGCUGCCAUCUUAUAAGAGGCGCUCCAAGGCGAGUGGCUUCACCAAUUGCCAGGCAUCCGACUGGCAUCAGGCCUACAACAAUGGUACAGACAAGGCGGCAUACACGACUCUGCCCCAGCUGGACAACAAGCGGGCAUUUGUGAAGCUCUGGAAGAACGAGUUCGAGCGCUUCCCCACCUUCAAGUGCUACAACCAAAUGAGGGAGAAGUACCGCCACUUCAGCGCGAUCGACUCCGCCCAGGACACGCAGCAGAUGGGCGAAUCGUUUGUGGUCACUCGGCGCACGCUGCGCUCGAUGGAACAGUUCGAUCACGGCAGCACGGAGGAGGCCCAGCCCCCGCUCUCGGCGCCGAACGGAGAGCUGCUCUUCACCGAGAAGUACAAGCCCCUGCUGUUCGAGCAGGUCCUGGUCAAUCUGACGCCCGUGCACGAGCUGCGGGAGUUCCUCUCCGGCUGGAAUGGCAACGGUGGCCGCAGCUCGCAGACCUUCGACGACUCCUCCUUUGACUUUGGCAACGACUCCAGCUCGGUGGGGGCCACCAGCAACACCAUCGUACUGGUGGGCCCCUCCUCGAGCGGGAAGACCAACGCUGUCAUCGCCCUGGCCAACGACAUGAACUUCAAUGUGCUGGAGAUCAAUGCGGGGAUGAAGCGGACGGGCAAGAAGCUCAUCCAGGAGCUGCAGGAGGCCACGCAGUCGCAUCAGAUACGCAAGGACAGCAAGACGGGGGGCGGAUCCUCGCAGCAGCUGCUGCACAAGCUCCAGAAGAGCGGCCUCAAGGCCAAGAAGCAACAGCAGCAGCAGCAGCAGGGGGAGCCAGCAGGCGUGGAGGCUGUGCGAAAGUCCCUGAUACUCAUCGAAGAUGCGGACAUUCUGUUCGACAACAUGGACGCGGGGUUCACGGACGCCAUCUACACGCUGGCGGCCAGCUCGAAGCGGCCCGUGGUGGUGGUGGCUUCCGACCCGAACUGCUCGCAUCUGCAGCGUAUGAUGCAGCAGAACCAGAUCCACUUCCAGGCACCCAAUGCCCUGAACAUCUCCAGAUUCCUGGCUGUGCUGGCUCUCAUGGAGAACUGUCCCAUCGAGCUGGACGAGCUGAUAUCCCUGUAUCUGUACAACCAGCAGAACCUGCGCAAAACCCUCAUGGAGCUGCAGUUUUACAUCCAGAGUGGCGGCGACCUCAAGGGCCAGGCUGCCGCCAGUCAGCAGUCGGUGAAGCAGUCCCCCAGCAAAUCCUCCACACGCCUGGCCACUGUGGAUGGCUGCCACAUACACCAGCGACUGUUCGAGUUCUUCACCUGCUCCCAGAAUGUCCAGCAUCGGAUUCCCUUCCCCGUGGACUUUCGUCUGCUGCGCCUGAAUCUCUCCGAGCUGAUGGCCACCUCUGCUCUGCUGAAGGAUCAGCAGCAGCCCCCGCCUGCCGCCACUAGGGCCAGUGCCAAGCGGAAGACCCGCUCACCCAAGAAGGCCUGGCUGAGCAGUGCCACUAGCCAGCGGAAGAGCGAGGAGAGCUCUCCGCUCGCCACACUGGCUGCCUUCUACGACAACAUUUCGCUGGCUGCUCUGAUGGACGCCAACCAGGACUGCGGCGAUCGGCUGCAGCUGUACCUGUCGGAGGAUAUCUCCCAUAUGCUGGUGGAGCAGGCUCUCCUCACUGGCCUGGAGGCCAAGGAGUGUGCCUACAACCUGUUCGACAAGCCAGCACAGAGGGUGACCAUCGGCGAGCACUUGGGCAUUGGCCAGCUGCGCUCUGCCGCCUCCAAGGCACUCGACUACGAGCCCGUGCUGCGCUCCAUUUGUCGCAGUGAGAGGGAGCGCGUGGGGCAGGAGCGCAAGUCGAGUCGCUUCUAUCACUAUCUACGCAAUCACACGGUGAACGUGACGAGCUUCGCCAUGGACUCGUUCGACUCUGCGUGCAGUGUGUUCCAAGAGGCGGCGGCGAUGGCGGACGACGAUUCAAAGGAUCAUUCAAUAGUCUAGUAUAAUUGUUGGCUGAUGAGUAAUUGCAAUUUAUUUGAUCAAGGUAAGCAGAGUUCUUAGAUCUUCUUAGCCUAAGGUUUUUCGGUGCGUUGGCGAGUUUGCUUGCUUAGCUAUAAAUGCCGAUGGGAGUCGUAUGGGAGAGUCGUAUCCUAGCUAAACGUUAAUUACACUAUAUACUUAUGUUAAUAAAUCAAUUAUAUGACUUGUAACCAC